UUUAUCGAAUAAAUAAAAAGGUGAGGGGUCCACUAUAAAAUCGACGAAUUGUUCCCAUCUAUUUGGUUCGGCGGGGUCUCACUGUCGCCAUAAAUCGUGCCAAAACCGCAACUUGUUGCCUACAAAAAAUGAAAAGCUUUGGCUCCUCCGCGAUUUUAUUAACGAUGCGUUCUCUUCGAUAAAUUUCUUUCGCUUGCGUUUCUGAUUUGCAGAACUUCCAAAAAAUUUCCUUGCUUUCCGACGACUUCGCUUGAAGGAAUUCUCAUCUGGGUCUCUUCUCGACUGGUUGUUUGGUUUGUUUUGAGCAGAGGAUGGCUGGUGAGGGAGAAAGUUUUACGAAAGUAUCAUCCGAAACUGUUGAGAAGCACAGUUUAUGUUCUUCAAAGGGAGGGAAAGGGAAGAGAUUGUGGAAGAAGGUGAAGUAUCAGCUGGUAGAGUACCAUUCUUUACCUGGUUAUCUAAGGGACAAUGAGUACAUUGUUGGUCAUUACCGAUCGGAAUGGCCAUUGAAGCAAGUUCUGCUUAGCAUUUUCACCAUCCACAAUGAGACAUUGAACGUGUGGACGCAUUUAAUAGGGUUCUUCCUUUUCCUUGCACUCACCAUAUACACUGCAAUGAAGGUCCCUAAGGUUGUUGAUCUUCAGUCCUUACAACAUAUCCCUGAUGUUUUAAGAAAGGCUGAUCUGCACAAAUUGCAUUCAGAACUCUUGACAUGCCUCCCUUCCUUGCCAAACAUCCCUGACAGAUUUAGGUCAGGCUGGCAUGUUGUAGAUCUUCUAUAUAAUUGUUUGCCAGAGCGAUUUUCCAGUGGCAACCACACUGAUGUUUGUGUUCUGCAUACAGUGAAGGAGGAUUUGGCAAACAUAAUAGCACCAUUGAUGGUGAGACCAAUAACACGCUGGCCAUUUUUCGCUUUCCUUGGUGGGGCAAUGUUUUGCUUACUGGCAAGCAGCACAUGUCACCUUCUUUCGUGCCACUCGGAGCGCCUGUCGUACAUCAUGCUCAGGCUUGAUUAUGCUGGAAUUGCAGCCCUUAUAUCUACUUCCUUCUACCCUCCUGUCUACUACUCCUUCAUGUGCAAUCCCUUCUUCUGCAACCUUUACAUGGGAUUCAUAACCAUAUUGGGAAUUGCCACAAUCUUGGUUUCCCUCUUGCCUGUGUUUCAGAAUCCGGAAUUCCGUAGCAUUCGUGCAUCUCUCUUCCUCGGUAUGGGCUUAUCUGGUAUUGCACCUAUUCUGCACAAACUUAUCUUGUUCUGGGAGCAGCCAGAAGCACUUCACACAACCGGGUAUGAGAUCCUAAUGGGACUUCUAUAUGGGCUUGGAGCAGCUGUUUAUGCAACAAGGAUUCCAGAGAGAUGGAUGCCCGGAAAAUUUGACAUUGCAGGGCAUAGUCACCAGCUCUUCCAUGUUUUGGUAGUGGCCGGAGCAUAUACUCACUAUCAGGCUGGAUUGGUUUACCUGAAAUGGCGCGACCUGGAAGGAUGUUGAGCCGCAAAAAUUGGAUAAAUAAAGUCAGACUAGAGAUGUCUUUAGCAUUUAGGAGGGAUAGAGGGUAGAAAUGCAGUGUUUUGGAGGUUUCUACCCCAUCGCCACUCUUUCUGAUUCAUUCAUAAAUAUGGACUAUUAAUGAUUUGUCCACACACACUGGAAAUGUAAAUCUCUGUACUCAAGGGAUGUAUUAGGCAGAAAUAGAACAACCAGUUACGCUGUUUCUUAUAGAAACCUAAUGGUGUAUUAGCAUGACAGGUAGCUGAUCUCAGAGUAAAAGGAAGAAAGUAAUAGAGUCUGACGGUUCUGACCUU